AUGUCUAGUGUCAUUGGAAUCACCUUCGGCAACACCUCGUCAUCCAUCGCGGUCGCCACGCAGGACGGCAAGGUCGACGUCAUCGCCAACCCCGAUGGUGACAGAGCCAUUCCUUCUGUUUUGUCGUACAUCGGCAUCGACGAGUACCACGGUGCCCAGGCCGUGGCCCAAUUGGUCAGAAACGCAAGCAACACCAUCAUCAACUUCCGUGACUUCAUCGGAAAGCAGUACGAUGACGUUGACGUCUCUGUUGCCGCCAGAGGUGCCGCCCCCGUCAAGACUGAAGAUGGUGGAAUCGGUUACAACAUCACCAGAGAAGAUGACAGAGUCGAGCUCGUCACUGUGAACGAGGCCGCCACCAGACACUUCAAGCAGUUGAAGAGCGCUGCCGAGGACUACUUGGGACAGAAGGUCGAGAGCGCCGUUUUGACCGUGCCAACCAACUUCAACGAGCACCAAAGAGAGGUCUUGGUUCAGAUCGCCUCUGCUGCCGGCUUCCAGGUAUUGCAAUUGAUCAACGAGCCUUCUGCUGCUUUGUUGGCCCAUUUGACUGCUGCCUCCACCGCGCUGGGCGAGGACGAGCUCUUGAAGGACCUGAUCUACGUUGUGGCCGACUUUGGUGGUAUUAGAUCCGAUGCUGCCGUCAUUGCUGUUCGUGGAGGUAUUUUGACCAUUUUGGCCACUGCUCACGAGUUCAAUUUGGGUGGUGACGACUUGGACGAUGCCAUUUCCGAGCACUUUGCCAAGGAGUUCGAGAAGAAGUACCAGGCCAACCCAAGAAAGAACGCCCGUUCUUUGGCCAAGUUGAAGGCCGAGUCGAUCGUUGCCAAGAAAACCUUGUCCAACGUCCAAUCUUCUUCGUUCUCCAUCGAGUCUUUGGCCGAGGGUUUCGACUUCUUGUCCAACAUCAACAGAUUGAGAUUUGAGUUGGCUGCCAGAAAGCCAUUGAGCGACAUGACUGCUUUCGUUGAGAAGGUUUUGACCAAGGCCGGUUUGGAUGCUUUGGACAUCGAUGGUGUCUUGCUUGCUGGUGGAUGUGCCAACGUCGUCAAGUUGGCCCAAAACGUCCAAUACCUUUUCCCAGAGUCCACCAAGAUCAUUGCUCCAUCUUUCGACGCCAAGGCCUCUAACCCUGAGGAGUUGUCCACCAGAGGUGCUGCUUUGCAGGCCGCUUUGAUCGAGAGCUUCGACGAGGCUGAGGUCAAGGAGUCCUUGCAACCAAUUGUUGUCAACACCCAACACUUGCAAGCUCCUAUCGGUAUCAAGGAUGCCGAGGGCAACUUCCAGGCCCUUUUGGUUGCCGAGACCGCCUACCCUAUCAAGAGAUCCAUCGAGGUCACCAACGGCGACUCUUCUGACGUUGUUGUCGAGCUUUACGAGGGUAAGAGAACCAUCAAGGAGACCGUCAUCGAGCCAGAGGCCAGAAACCCAGAGGACUCCGACUACGACUCCGACGACUCCGACGAGGAGCCCGAGAUCAAGAAGGAGGUUGUGUACGUUGCCGGUGACUUGUUGGCCAAGACUGUUUUGUCUGACUUGAAGCCAAACUCCAAGUUGGAGGUCAUUGUCAACAUCACCCAGAACGGUGUUUUGCACUUGACCAGCAGAGAGUUGAAGCAGGGUGCUAUUGCCGUCAAGGGUGAGGUUCAGGGUCAUUAA